AUGUAUCAACAAGACCAAGUAUAUGAAAACCUGUUUAAUAACAAGGUAUCACCUGCCAGUCUAAAAGACGUUGCUUGUCAACCAGCUUCGGUCACCUUGUCACCCUUCUCCUCACCCGAUGACUCUGACCUACAGUAUUCUUGUGAAGAUCUCAAUACUACAUUUAGUCAAACAAGCAUUGACCCUUUACUAAUUGAAGAAUUGAAUCAACCCGAGCUAGAGAAUACUCACUUGCCAUCGCUUAAUGAUUUGCUUUUUCAGUUUCCCGACCUCCCAUCAUUUGUUGAUCAUGGUGACUUUGUUAUCUUUUCCAACAUUUGGUUUGAAUUUCAAAAAAACCGUACUCGCAAGAGAUCCAGAAACAGACCCUAUGUUCAAUCUUGGCUUGAGUCCACAGCUUUGCAAAUUCAUUACAUGAUGGUUACUAUCGCAAAAUCAAGCAAUACUGUACCAGCAAACGUAGAAGCCUCGCCGCGUCGUAUGUUUUCUGCUUUACGCCGACUCAAAGAUCGUAUUGAAAUCAUGCAUCAAGUGUUCCAAAUUAUAGAAAAUGGUCGUGUCUCCUUCGGUCAAAACCCCACCGAAGCUAUUGAGCCUUUAAUUAAGGCGCUCUGGAAAUCAAACUCGGAAAAAAUCCCUGUUAUCACGAGAGACUCAGUCAACCUGGUGAACCCCGAUCAAGUGACGAUGAAUGAAAUUUCUGACUCUGUCAUGGAUACGUAUAACUUGAUGCCAUAUAACAACUCUAGUACGACUGCUGCAAAUAACCUUAUAUCAGCUCCAAGUGGCCAACAGGAUUUCACUUUGUUUACGCAUAUUCAACCUGAUUGGAUUCAUCAUCAAACAACUUCUUUACCCGUGACUCCGUCUUUAAGUGCGAAUAAUAAUAAUAUGUUGAAUCCUUUCUUUUCGUUGCCUGCUUCCCCUACAUGUAUCCCUCAAGAAACUCCUUCGGUAGAUGGAACAGUCGGCACACCUUGCAAUACUGGUGACUCAAGCAUGUCACCCUAUCACCCCAAUUCACCUCUGAAUCUGAGCGAAUUUAACACUUCUGAUUUUGAAAUGGAGGAAGAUGUCAAUAUCGAAGACGACGAAGAUUAUAUUGUAUCUGAUGCUGCAGAGGAUGAAGAUUGGAAAGAAAGCAAGAAAUCUCGACAGAAACGAGCUUCUAUCACCAGAAAGAGCCGUGGGGACAACCCACUACCUAAAAUCAAUUUUUUUCGAUAUCUACAGCAUAGAGAUAAAUUGACCAAAGACCAACGUCGUCAAGUCCAAAAGGAAACCGGUUUGAAACCUCACAGCAAAGGGUCCGUCAAGAAUUAUGACGACUUUUUAGAAUGGAGAAGAGCUCGCGGUCUCACGGAAGAAGUUUUAGAAAACGAGCACUUGCAAAUCUUGAAAAGCCUCGAUGAAAAUAAUAUUACUACAUAG